CAAAGUGGUGGCACCAUGUUAGAUCACUGUCCACAAGUUUUUCUGUCAGUUUCUGGUGGAUGUAGAAAAGAGGACAACUUGAAUUUAAAAACCACUUGAGCCCUCCAUCGUUCCCUGACUAAUCCUAAACGAAUAACGCAUCAUGUUAGCUCAUGUUGGUCUCAUCAUAUGUUUAAUUGGUAUUUGCACAUCCUUCCCAGCGCAGCCAGAUAAGCCUGUGGAUGAAGAAGAUGUGAACAUUCCUGAAAAUGGAUCAGAUGAAGGCUUGUACAAUCCAGAUAAUCAUCCAGAUGUUUUUGAGGGAGAUAUUCUAAGAACGAAACCGGAUCUUAUUAAGAAUGCCAUCAACAGCGAAGAGUAUCUUUGGCCAAAUGCUGCUGUAAUCUAUAAAAUAGAAGAUAGUGUUGGGUGUCCUUAUUCACAACAGUGCAAGAUUUUAAUGCAAGCAAUGAAACACUAUGAACGACAAACUUGCGUCAGAUUCAAAGAAUGGACAGGGGAGACUAAUUAUAUCUCAGUCUUCUUCAAUCCAGACAGUGGCUCUUGCUGGUCGGCUGUUGGGAUGAUUGGUGGCGAACAGAAAGUAUCUCUUGGCCAAAGAUGUUGGUACAAGGGUAUUGUAAUACAUGAACUAGGUCACGCUGUAGGAUUUUGGCAUGAAAUGAAUCGCCCGGACAGAGAUGACUGGAUCUACAUUUUCUGGGAAAAUAUUUUACCUAGUUUGAGACCUGCGUUCAACAAACACGAUCUUACUCAGUCAAAUUUACUCGGAGAAAAUUUCGAUUACAAAUCCAUAAUGAUGUAUGAUGAGUACGCAUUUUCAAAGGAUGGUAUCUCUCCCACGUUGCAAGCAAAAACCAACGAAGAGAUUGGACCCAUCUGGAGGAAAGGAAAGCUCAGCGAUGUUGAUAUUAGAAGAACUCAUAAGCUCUACCAAUGUGAAGGAGCAAAUCAAAAAGCAGCUUUCCCUGUUGACAUUAUGUGCUCAUUUGAGCAACAUUCUUGUGGGUUCAAGGAUAUGAAUCAAGAUUGGACAUGGAAAAGUACAAAUCAAGGUGGUUUUAUUCUUGCAAAUUUUGAAAAAACUGGAAAUAAUGUUGCACAACUCCAGUCGAUUAAUUUCCAUGGAUUGAGCACACUUGAUAAAUCCCGAGGACCUCUAGGGUGUCUCUCGUUCUCUUACCUAAUGAUGGCGGACUCCAAUACAUAUUUAAGGUUGUCACAAGCUUAUCUAGAUUCUCCACAGCAGAUUACGAUUUCUCCUGAAAUGGCAUUUGAUCUAUGGCUGGAGGACAAACCCAAUCAACAAUGGACACAAGUGUCGAUUCCUCUUUACGUAACCAAGCCUUUCAAGCUGCUGUUUGAGGCCAAAUUCGAAGCAGGAACCACUCAAGGUACGGUCGGGCUAGAUAACAUCAGUAUCAAAUAUACCUCGUGCUCAAGUGAGAGCCUUGCUCCUUCCCCCGCUCUUGGUGGAGCCGCAACAUCCAACACUACAUCAACAGAAGAAUCAGCAACUUCACUGACAACAGAAGGAGGUAAGCCUGAGAUAACAACAAUAUCCAACAAAACAGAGUGAGAAUUUCAGAACUGAUUUCCCAACCUCUCAUCCGGUUUUAGUGCUUACUGGUGCUCACUGAAACUGGUGUGAUGCCAGUGAGAAUGAGCAUGCUCCGCAAGAAAACUAUUUCAUCGACCCACAAAAUUACGACUAAAACUCAAAAUAAUCAGAUCAAGACAGAGGAGGCCAAAGUAGUCACUUUUCUCAAUGACCUCAGACGUAAAGGUUUUGACUGAUGUGUCAGCAUGUCAAGAGUGGACUGUUGGAAGUUUUUUUUUGUUCGUGGGCAUAUCCCAAUCAUAGUGUUUACAAUUUUCCGUGCCAAGGAAAAACGCUGUAUGAACCAUCAAGCAUUGCCAAAGUUCCUUUGAUGAAAUACGAAUUUAUCUAGACAAUUUUAAAUAUUUUUCUUCCAAUUGUUCUGACAGCCUUGUUUGCAAUUACUUACAUUUAAAAUGUCUGAAAACUUUAAGGAAAAAUGUGCAAUACUUUCCUUAAAAAUAAUUUUUUUAUCAGGAGAAAUUUGGUAAAAUUUGAAUGUUCAUACAGCAUUUUACUUUAGCAGUAUUAGUCUCUUCAUGUGAAAAACAUAAAUUCCUUGUGAUUUCUAGUCAUAGAAUCAGUAUGUGAUGCAGUAAUGCAAAAUGUGCCUUAAAGUGGAAACUGAAAUUGUUCAGUUCAGCAAAACAAGUUGUUUUGUGUCAAAAUUUAUUGAUUGUCAUUUUCCAUUGCUAACUCUCAAGAAGUUCAGGUCAAAGUUCCAAACCAUAAUUUUCGUUAUUAAGUAAUGAUAUUUUUAGUGUUCGAAGUGAAUCUUUCCGAAUAAUGGCAACAACGUUGGCAAACUUCAGUGGUGAUUUUCUCGCACUCCCCAUUUUUGCCCUCAAACUUUGAAUUGCUGCCAAAGGGUCAAUUGUUUUAUUAUUUAUACUUAUAUCAUUCGCUCUGCCCUACCCUCAGGCACAUUUUGCCCUGCUGUUUCAAAUUCACCCCCAAAAGAUUUUUAAAAAAAUAACUGACUUGCAUAAUGUAUUGCUAUUUUAUUUGAAAACUUUACAAAAGUUGCAAAAGAAAAUGUUCAAACUCAAUCGUUUGUACCAUUGAUUUUGAUACAAGCAAGUGGAUGCUGCGCUUGACUCAUCCCUAAUUGUUACAACUUUAUUCUUCUCAAAUUAGUCUCAGAAAGAUUGAGAAUUUUGAUUUAUAUAGUUUCCCACAGACCCUCAUUUAGAGUUUUACCACCAUUUUGAAAUAUUGGUGUUGUGCAUUUUUAAGAAAUUUUCUCAAAUAUGUCUGAAACUGACAUCAUUUUGCUGUGUAAGUAUUAUAUAAGUGUCCAAAAUUUGAGUGUUAGAUUAUCAGAGGUGACUUCAAAACUUUAGCCUAAGAAAAAGUUGCUAAUCGAAGACUGAAGGAUUUUAGAUUAUUUUGUGAAGUUGUUUUAAAGGAAUUGUUUCCUGUUAUGUAGUAUUUUCUCAAAUGAUAAGUACAUAUCAUUUAUUCACAGCAAAAUGGUGUGAUUUUUUAGGUUUCUGUGGAAAGUUUCCUGAAAUUUAUAAAUGUUGUCAAUUGACAAUUGAUUUGCCUUAUUAAGCUCUGUAGAUCUACUUUUAAGAAAAAUUUAGCUUUUAACUUUUAAGUUGAUUAGAAUCUCAUGUUUACAUGCUUUCACUUAACUGCUUGUCAUAAUCAAUUAUAUCCUUCAAAAAUAGAAAGAUCUGGAUGAAUUGUUUCAUUUUCGGUGACUGGCGGAAUUUAUUGUUUUUAAUUUUGACCGACUUACUCCAAACUAUUUUAGAAUUCACAAUUUUCAGCAAUCCUUUAAUUUUUGAGUCAUCAUAAAUUUAUCACUCACCUCAAUUUUGAAAGCAAAAAAGAAUAUAUUUGUGAAUAGUAGUAUCUUUAAUUCCUCUACACUCGAGUAUUAAUAUCCUCAGCUAAUUUCAGAUGAGUGGAGACUUAAAUGCCAUGUUAUUAUGACUUUGAUGUCUUUUUAAAUGUAUAAAGAAUGUACUGAUGUAAGGUGAUUACUGUAAAUUUGUAAAUAAAAUAUCAUGGACACUGUGUGUUUGCAAUCUAAA